GCAAAAGUCUUUGUUAGUUCAUAUAUUUGCAUUGUUUGAAUUCUUGCAUACUUGUUGGUGUAGUUCACAUUUCAGUUGAGAAAUGUGUUGCUUCAUUUGUAGAGUGAAGCAAAUAUAAGAUAUGGGAAAUCAAAACACUUCAGGGCUAGUAGAAGACGAGGAGGCCAAGAAUGAGGCACAAGAUAUCGGGCAUGGAGUUAGUCCACCCCAUGCAGUGACAGUAGAGAAGCAGCCUGUUGUUCAAGAAACAGUAGCAGAAGCUGAGGGUGAUGAAACUCCUAUUGUUGAAAUACAAGACAAAGCAGAUAUUGAGGAUCACAAGGGCUCUUUUGAGGGUUCUGAUGCUGUGAUGGAUAUCAGCAGCAACGGCUCGGAUUUGGGGGAAAGAAUGUCCAAGUUGAGUGAUGAACAAGAACAACCUUGCACCAUGACAGAUGUUCAAGAAGAGCAGAAUGUGUUGAAGGAUGAGGAUUUAGAGGUUGAUGAUCGUGAUGCAAAGGAGAAGGACAAAGACUCGGUUUUGGCUGAUGCGCCUUCUGUUGAAGGCGCGUUUUCAGAAGCAUGUGCGCAUGAGGAAGAGCUUGGGAGAGACGACGAGCCUCCUAUAGAAGAGCAGAGUGAUUCCUUCAACACUGUCGAUGAAGCUCCAAGAACUAGUUUGCCAGACUCAUCUACAUCACAAAAUGAGCACGAAAACGAGUGUUCUGCUCUUGAUCAUGAAGAGAAGCCAAUGAUCCAUGAAUUAGGCAACGGUGAUGAUGAGCCAUCUGAUCAAGAAAAUGACCACUUCUUCACCGGAUGCAGCAGCGAUCCAAAAGAGGUGAUCAAAGCUGAAUUUGAGGAAAACGUAGACCAUCUACUCGAAGAUGUAGAGAAACAACAAGACAGUGAGCCAACUGAUCAAGAAAAAGACCAGUUCUUGACCAGAUGCAGCAGCGAUCCAACAGAAGUGAUCAAGGCCGAAUUUGAGAUAAAUGGAGACCGUCUACUUGAAGAUGCAGAGAAACAAGAGAAUGAGCCAACUGAUCAAAAUGUGAUUGAAGAAGCCAUUCAUUUGGAGAGUGAUACAUCUGCUACAGAAGAUGUCUACGAAACUGAGAGUGAAGCCACUGAUAAAUGUGUGAUAGAGCUGAAAUCCUCAACAGAAAUCGACACACAACGCCUUUCUAAUGAAGCAGCAGAGGCUGAAACUCCAGCGGCCUCAGAUGAAACUGAACCAAAUCCAAGCUGUGUAGGGGCUCAAGUUGAGCUCAGAAAAUCUCCGAGCUUUGAUUUUGGCAUAUCAUUCGACACGAGGUCUGAAGAAUCUGAUCAAACUCCUCUGCUGUAUCAGGACAAGACAGCAAGGAGAAGCCUCUCCAGCUGCUCAAAUCUGAGGUUUCCAAACACAGAAUAUGUGGGGAAGCCAUUGCAGUUCCAAGCUGUCCAACUGGAGGAGAAGACUCUCCGAAUGGAACGAAGCAACUCUGAAAACGCGCAAAACUCACUAAACAACAAGCAAGAAAAGGCCAAUGCUGUCAAAGAAGAUGCACAAACAAAUGGCUCAAAGGCCUCUCCAUCAAGAAAUGAAGCUGCAGUGUCACCAAAGGGAAACAGGAGGCGAAAGGCGAGAUCCUCCCUCUUCACUACCUGCAUCUGCUGCAAUGCAGCCAUCAGCUGAGUUGCAGAAAACUGAUACUUACAAAAGAUUUCUUUGCUUGGUUCUUUUUAUUUCUUUCUUUUUUCGGUUCGUCUCUUCUUCCAGUUUUUUAAACAUCAUGAGAGGAAAAACUGCCAUCAU